CUCCUACGGCGACCAUCAGUAGUGGACCCACCCACCACCAUCAGAGCCGGCGGCCAUGGCGAUCGGAGCAGCGCUGCAGCACUGGAGCUCGCUCUUCUUCCUCGUGCUGCCCCUGGCCCUGUGGUGGGCGUGGCGGGUCCUGCACUCCACCUGGAUCGUCCCGCGGAGGCUCGGCCGGGCCCUGCAGUCCCAGGGCCUCCCCGGCACGGCGUACCGCUUCCCGUUCGGCGACCUGAAGCAGUUGGCGCGGCUGGCGGCGGCGGCCCGGGCCGAGCCCAUGCCGCUGUCCCACGCCAUCACGCCGCGCGUGCACCGCUUCUACCACGACCUCAUCAGGGAGCACGGUAAGAUCUCCGUGACCUGGCUCGGCCCGACGCCGAGGGUGAUCGUGAACGACCCCACGCUGGUGCGGGAGGUCCUGGCCAACAGGUCCGGCCACUUCCGGAAGCGCAGGCACAACGGCCUCGUCCGGCGGCUGGCCAACGGGCUGGUGAGCCACGACGGCCACAAGUGGGCCGCGCACCGCAAGAUCAUCAACCCGGCCUUUCACCUCGAGAAACUCAAGGUCGAUCGCAAAAAGUUUCCUGCAAUCCUUCACACGAAAAGUUUGUGCGAGCUUGUUCUUCGUUUCAGAUGUUGGUGGCGCCAGUUUUGUAGUAAAUUGGGUGCUUGCAUGGUUGCUCUGCAGAAAAUGCUGCCGUCUUUUGCAGCAUGCGCGAACGAGCUGGUGGCGCGGUGGGAGGGGUAUGUGGGGUAUGUGGAGUCUGACGGAGCCAAGGAGGUAGACGUCUGGCUGGAGUUCCAGAAUCUCACCGGCGACGUGAUCUCGCGCUCGGCCUUCGGCAGCAGUUUCAGCGAGGGGAGGAGGAUCUUCCAGUUGCAGUCAGAGCAAGCUCAAAAUCUGGUGAAGAUGAUGAACACUCUGUACCUCCCAGGUUUCAGAUUUCUGCCGACGCGACUCAACAGGAGGAUAAAGGCAAACGCGCGCGAGGUGGAGGAGCUCCUGCGAGGCAUCGUCGGCAAGCGGGAGAGGGCCACGAAAGAAGGCCGCGCCAGCAACGACGACCUGCUGGGCCUGCUGAUGGAGUCCAACGUCGCGGAGACCAGGCAGGCCGGGAGCUCGAGGCCGAUCAUGACCAUGGCGGACAUCAUCGGGGAGCUGAAGCUCUUCUACUUCGCCGGGAUGGACACCACCGCCGUGCUGCUGACGUGGACGAUGGUCGCCCUGAGCAUGCACCCGGAGUGGCAGCACCGCGCGAGGGAGGAGGUCCUGCGCGUCUUCGGCGACAGCCAGCCGGACUUGGACGGCAUACACCAGCUGAAAAUCGUGACCAUGAUACUGUACGAGGUUCUCAGGCUGUACCCGCCGGUGGUGCAACUGGAUCGGCAGGCGCACGAGGAGGUCGAGCUGGGCGGCGUCACGUACCCGCCCGGGGUGGUGCUCUCGCUGCCCAUCGUGUUCAUCCACCACGACAAGGGCGUGUGGGGGGAGGACGCCGACGAGUUCAGGCCGGGGAGGUUCACCGACGGCAUCUCCAGGGCGUCCAAGGACUCGCCGGCGUUCUUCCCGUUCGGCUGGGGGCCGCGGGUCUGCGUCGGCCAGAACUUCGCGCUGGUCGAGGCCAAGAUGGCGCUCUGCGCCAUCCUGCAGCACUUCUCGUUCGGGCUCUCGCCGGCCUACACGCACGCGCCGUUCCCGGUCUCCACGCUGCAGCCAGAACAUGGGGCACAGAUCAUGCUCAAGAAACUCUAGCGCAUAUUGUGAGACUAAGAGUUGUGUGUGUGGAUGCGUCGUUUUUUUCCUUUUUUUAUUUUACUACUCCCGCUGUCGAUUGUUGGGCCGAUUUCAUCUAAUACAGUGGCCUGUAUCUCUU